GCGUUCACUGAACGACAGUCGGUUGGUUGGUUGACGACUGCGCGCUUCCGCUCCCACGUCGCCUGGCGCCUGUGCGUCACUGUCAUCUCAUGUCACUCCAGGCUGUGAUGGCGGAGGUGGACGAAACCGACAUAAUUAUGAACUACCACGGAGAUUUCUUAAAAAGCGACAGAAAAAACAGCCGCUACCCGUACUGCAUUGUCUGGACACCUAUUCCAAUUUUAUCGUGGGUGUUCCCCUUCAUUGGUCACAUGGGUAUAUGCACCUCUUCUGGAAUCAUACGAGAUUUUGCAGGAUCCUACUUUGUCUCGGAAGACAAUAUGGGCUUUGGUAGACCAACCAAGUAUUGGAAGCUUGAUGUGGAUAAAGUGUGUGGCAAUGGUGCUGCUACAUGGGACAAAGCAGUGAAUGACGCAUCUGAGGAAUACAAAUGCAGGCCGCACAAUCUGUGCUUAGAUAACUGCCAUUCCCACGUCGCCAUGGCCCUCAACCUUAUGCACUACGACAACAGCACAUCUUGGAACAUGCUGAAACUUUGUGUGCUGUCUUUUGUUCGUGGGAAACAUGUGAGCUUUGCAGCUUUCCUCAAGACCUGGCUGCCGUUUUUUAUGCUGUGCGGAGUCCUCGGCACGUUCAUCCUAACAUUCAACCUACAUUAGUGGAGGGAGCAGUCCGACGGGAUGACUCACAGACUCAUGCUUAUACUUUACACAUUGUCAUUGGCUGUUGACAUGAAUGACGGUGGUGUGUUUUGAAGGGACGUUUGUUUGUACAAAGAAUUCCACAUGAGGGAUUUCAUUGUGUGUUAGUGAUCUAGUUUCUAGAAGGGUGUUUAUGGGCAAAGCCUAGCUGUUUAUGUGUAGUUUGGAAAUCAAUAUUAUGUUUUAACACUAAAGAUAUUUUUUUUUUCUUCUUUUUACAAAAUAUUUAUGAUUUAGUAAGGUUAGUAAGCUACGGUGUCUUCAAAAUGAUGAAUGUGUUUCCGGACUGGCUAAUGUACAUUUCAGUGAUGAAUCACUACAAAAAUGGAUCACGUAAUCUUAAUGCUGAAAGUAUUCAUCAAUUAUUUGUCUAAGAGAUAUGAGCCGUUACCAAAGAUAGAAAUUAUGUAGAACCCACGUGGGGGAAAAGAAGUGGUAUUGUGGUGUAAAAAAUGCCCUCCUCCCUUUUAAUCCUCUUUCCUCUGUUAUAUAAAGACAAUGUGUAAGGUGUUUUCUUUAACGUGAGUGUAUUCUUUGCUUCUCUCCAGACAAAAUGCUUUGUAACGGUUCAUCCUCGUGCUGGAAUGUUACAUAAAAUUAUCUUUAUUUUA